UGUCCCGGCGCGGCCGCGGCCCCCUCAGCGCCGCCCGCCAUGUUCGCGGAGCUCAACGAGCUGCUCGGGGCGUCCCCGCAGCGCCCGGAGCCGGGCAGGUUGACGCUGCUGCAGGCCAGCGGGACGGACGGCAGCUUCCUGGUGCACCACUUCCUGUCCUUCUACCUGCGAGCUGGCUGCAAGGUUUGCUUCGUGGCCCUGCUCCAGUCCUUCAGUCACUACAGCAUCGUGGCACAGAAGCUGGGGUGUCCUUCCCACGGUGAGUCAGGCAAGGAUUAUGUGUACCCUGAAAUGAAGCAGCAGAGAGCCAAGGGAGUCAAUCUGACAGCUGCCAAGGAGCGGGGGCAGCUGGUCUUCCUGGAAGGCCUCAAGUCCUGCCUUGACCUCGUGUUUGGGGAGGAGGAGGAGCAGCCAGGGCAGCCCAGUCCUCUGCUGUUCCUGAGUGAGAGCCCCUCCGACCUGCGGGCGCUGUUCCACUUCGUGCGCGUGUCCCUGAGCGCCGCGGGCAGCGAGGCCUGCGCGGGCCCCGUGCUGCUGCUGGAUGACCUGAGCGUGCUGCUGGGCCUGGGGGCCACGCCCGUGGCCCUGCUGGACUUCAUCCACUACUGCCGGGCCCUCGUGUGCUGCCAGCUGAAGGGGAACGUCGUGGUGCUGGUUCACAGCAGCGAGGACUCGGAGGACGAGGAGAACGAACUGGUUGUGAACUCCCUGUGCCACCACAGCGACCUGAUCCUGUGGGCAGAGGGACUGGCCACUGGCUUCUGCAAGGAUGUGCACGGGCAGCUGAAGAUAAUCCAGAGGGUGUCCCUGCAGCAGGCGGGGGAGCAGGAUCUCGUCCAGAUCUACCAGUACAAGAUCCAGGACCGCAACGUCACCUUUUUCGCCAGGGGGCUGUCGGCUGCAGUCCUGUGAGGCUGUGACUGUGAGCCUGGGAAUGCCAGUCCCUGCCUCCAGCUAGCCUGGCAGCUCCACCAGCACCUUCCAGGAGCAGCACAGCAAUCUGACCCGGGAGGGAGGCUCGGACACACCUGGAAGCGGUGCCAGCACGGGGAUCAGCCUGCCCAGGGAUGCCACAUCCCUUUGUCCUCCCACCCGGUUGCCAAUGGGCUCAGGCCAAGAAGAGGAGCAAGAACGUGCAGGAAUGGCC